UAUCAUGCUUUCUUCGUGACUCCUCAUGCUGAACAAAAAAAUCUCAAAUAUUUAAAUUUAAAAACACAUUAUUUUCAUUUUCUUCAGUUCAAUUUACUAAUUACCGUUUAAAACUUGUUCAUUCUUAAACGGUAGUAUAAUGUCAGCGGAACCAGUGGUAAAUGGUGUCGGCGGCACCGAUGAACAAACCGACAAUGUAGAUGAUGUGAAUGCUAAGAAAACUGUAAAAUAUGACAGUGGAGCAGCCGAUCUAGAAAAAGUGACCGACUAUGCCGAAGAAAAAGAAGUCAUAUCAACCGAUGAUAUAUCUGGAGCAAUGACUAUCAUUGGUGACAGAAGGUUAAAAGAAGCAGCAGACAAAAUAGCAAAAGAAAAAGAACUGCAAAAAGUCUCCAUAAAAAAGUCUGAUGUUGAAUUGAUUAUACAAGAAAUGGAAAUAUCGAAAACGCUAGCCGAAAGAACGUUAAGGGAAUGCCACGGAGACGUCGUAAAGGCCCUGAUUGCCCUGACCAAUUGAAAAUAUAAAUCAACAUUUGGAAUUUUCCGAGUAAAAAGAAAAAAAUUACGAAAAAAAAUUCUACAUGUUAUAAUUAUAUACGAAACACGUUGUAAAUAAUAUCGACUAAUGUUCAAACAACACGAGUAAAUAAACAAAUAAAUAAUUUAAAAAAAAAAAAAAAAAAACUGUAUAACAUUAAAUAACAAUUACAUA